UCUUAAACUGUUCUUUGAAUAUAUAGAAUUUUGUUUUUAAUAUUAAAGUCUUUAUUUUUAUUUUUAUUUUUAAAAUUGUUGUUGUUGUUUUGUGCUUUCAUUUCAAUUUCUGUUUAUCAGCAGUGUGCAUGUGUGACAAUGUGUAGUGGAAUGUUUUUGUUGAAGUAUAUUUGUUAGCUGUUGUAUGAUCUGAAUCUAUUCCAUUCCUUUUUCAGUCUUUUUUAUCUGGAUAACAGAAAACUACAUCAUUUUAUCCUUUUUUUUUUUUUUUUUGCCUCCUCCCUUGCUUUGAUUCACUUCUCAAAGCUUAUCUUCAAAUCCAUCUUCUAGUUUGUUCUUUUUGUACUUUCAUUUUUUGUUUUUUUUUCUUGAUCAAUUUGGUUGUAGUUUCUCACAUUUUUUUUUUUUCCUUUCGGAUUUCAUAUGAGCAGAAAACUCAAAGCUGUGCUUGUUUGUAUCGCAAAGUUGUUCUAAAUUCCUUUUUCUAGAUUAAAUUUGGCUAGUGGAUUUGUGUGUUUUUUUGGAGUAAAAUUUUGGGGGGUUUUGCUUUCCACAGGGAAGAUUUUGCUUUAAUGGGAGUUUUCUUUCAUAUGGGCAUAGUUGAACAAAGCUUUGGAUUAAGCUAAGAAAAAAAGUAGUUUUGUAGUUCUUGAAAAUAAUGGUUUCCAAAUCAUAUUCGAAUCUCUUGGAACUUGCUUCAGGCGAGCUUCCUUCAUUGGGUCGCAUGAGCCGGAGAUUACCUCGGAUCAUGACCGUUGCUGGUGUUAUUUCUGAUAUUGAUGAUGAUCCUUCGGAGAGUGUUUGCUCUGAUCCAUCUUCUUCCUCUGUUCAUAGAGACAGAAUCAUUAUAGUUGCUAACCAGCUUCCUAUAAGGGUUCAUAGGAAAUCAGAUAAUAAUAAAGGUUGGAUUUUCAGUUGGGAUGAGAAUUCACUUCUUCUCCAGUUGAAAGAUGGUUUAGGAGAUGAUGACACUGAGGUUAUCUAUGUGGGUUGUCUUAAGGAAGAGAUUCAUCCAAACGAACAAGAUGAGGUUUCCCAAAUACUCUUAGAGACUUUUAAAUGUGUACCAACCUUCCUUCCGCCCGAUCUUUUCAGCCGUUAUUAUCAUGGGUUUUGCAAGCAGCAAUUGUGGCCUCUGUUUCAUUAUAUGCUGCCACUUUCACCGGACCUCGGUGGUCGGUUUAACCGGUCGUUGUGGCAAGCAUAUGUGUCUGUCAAUAAGAUAUUUGCUGAUAGGAUUAUGGAAGUUAUUAACCCAGAAGAUGAUUUUGUUUGGGUACAUGAUUAUCAUCUAAUGGUGUUACCAACUUUCUUGAGGAAAAGGUUCAACCGUGUCAAGCUUGGGUUUUUCCUCCAUAGUCCAUUCCCUUCAUCUGAAAUCUAUAAGACAUUGCCAAUUAGGGAAGAACUUCUCAGAGCCCUCUUGAAUUCGGAUUUAAUUGGGUUCCAUACAUUUGACUAUGCUAGACACUUUUUAUCCUGCUGUAGUAGAAUGCUUGGUCUUACCUAUGAAUCCAAGCGGGGUUAUAUAGGCCUUGAGUAUUAUGGUCGGACUGUUAGUAUCAAAAUUCUUCCUGUUGGCAUACACAUGGGUCAGCUCCAGUCAGUCUUGAGUCAACCAGAGACUGAAGCAAAGGUUGCUGAACUAAUAAAACAGUUUUCUGAUAAGGGUAGGACAAUGUUACUUGGAGUGGAUGACAUGGAUAUAUUUAAAGGUAUAAGUCUGAAGCUAUUGGCUAUGGAGCAGCUGCUAUUGCAGCAUCCAGAGUGCCAGGGAAAGGUAGUGUUGGUGCAGAUAGCUAAUCCGGCCCGGGGUCGGGGAAAAGACGUCAAAGAGGUUCAGGCUGAGACAUAUGCGACUGUGAAGCGGAUUAAUGAAACAUUUGGGAAACCAGGGUAUGACCCUGUUAUUUUGAUCAGCGAACCUCUAAAGUUUUAUGAGAGAGUUGCAUACUAUGUUGUUGCUGAGUGUUGCUUAGUCACUGCAGUUAGGGAUGGUAUGAAUCUCAUACCAUAUGAAUACAUAAUUAGUCGUGAAGGAAAUGAGAAACUGGAUAACGUUUUGGGUUUGGAACCACCCAUCCAGAAGAAGAGCAUGCUGGUUGUAUCUGAGUUCAUUGGUUGCUCCCCCUCUUUGAGUGGAGCAAUUCGUGUGAAUCCCUGGAAUAUUGAUGCUGUGGCAGAUGCUAUGGAGUGUGCCUUGAGGAUGGCUGAGCCAGAAAAACAGCUCCGGCAUGAGAAGCAUUAUAGAUAUGUCAGCACCCAUGAUGUCGGGUAUUGGGCUCGAAGCUUUCUACAGGAUUUGGAGAGAACAUGUAGGGACCAUUUGCGGCAGAGGUGCUGGGGCAUUGGGUUUGGUUUGGGUUUCCGAGUUGUGGCACUCGAUCCAAACUUCAAAAAGCUAUUGAUGGAGAACAUAGUUUCAGCUUAUAAAAGGACCACAACUAGAGCAAUUCUUCUGGAUUAUGAUGGUACCUUGAUGCCUCAGGGUUCCAUUGAUAAGACUCCAACGUCUAAAUGCAUCGACAUUCUAAAUAGCUUGUGCAGGGAUAAGAACAACAUGGUUUUCAUUGUUAGUGCUAGAAGCCGAAAGAAACUUGCUGAAUGGUUUUCCCCUUGUGAGAAGCUGGGAAUUGCUGCUGAGCAUGGCUACUUCCUGAGGCUGCAGCGAGAUGAGGAAUGGGAAACAUGCGUACCAGUUGUUGACUGUAGUUGGAAGCAAAUUGCAGAACCAGUUAUGAGGCUUUACACUGAGACAACUGAUGGAUCCACCAUUGAAGAUAAGGAAACUGCACUUGUAUGGUCUUACGAGGAUGCGGAUCCCGAUUUUGGAUCAUGUCAAGCUAAGGAGCUUCUAGAUCAUCUUGAAAGUGUGCUAGCCAAUGAACCUGUUACUGUUAAGAGUGGUCAGAAUAUAGUGGAGGUUAAGCCUCAGGGUGUGAGCAAAGGCCUCGUAGCCAAACGCCUUCUUUCCACCAUGCAAGAUAAGGGAAUGACACCAGACUUUGUUCUAUGCAUAGGGGAUGACCGAUCUGAUGAAGACAUGUUCGAAGUCAUCAUAAGUUCCAUGGAGGGCCCAUCCAUUGCUCCCAAGGCAGAGGUAUUUGCAUGUACAGUGGGUCGAAAACCAAGCAAGGCCAAAUACUAUCUGGAUGACACAGUUGAGAUUGUAAGGUUAAUGCAGGGUCUGGCUUUGGUUUCAGACCAAACAAUACCCACUUAGAUAUUUCAAACAAUGCCUUUCUAGGUUUCUCAAAGAUAAAUACAAGUUCACUGCCUUGCUGUUUCCAUUUGUAAUUGUAAUCACGUAGGCAGUGAGGCGUAUUUCAUGUUUUCUUACUACUCUUUCCGACAAUGUAAAUUGCGUUACUUAGACGAGCUAGGACACUUUUUUGGUUCUUUCAAGUUUGAUACUGUAAAGCUGUAAAUAUGUUUGUGCAUGAAAACUCUUGAGCUUGUUUUACUGCAUUUGUUAACAAACUCUCUUACUUAGAGACUGCUUAUUCA